AAGCAGCGCCAGUAUUGACGAGCUCACAAGAGAAGAAGCAGCAGAGGUUUGGCAGUGGAGUUUGUUUGUUGUUUGUGUUGUGAUUUAAUUGCUUUUCUUGCGAGUCAAAUUUAUGAAUAAUAAAUUAAAAAUGUUGAAAUAUUACUAAAGAAAUAAGUUUCAAUGUAAAGAGAAAUUAAUUUUUAUAUAAUAAAACGGAGUUCUUUGUGAUUUAAUUGUGGCUUUUUAAUUGGUUUUCUUUUCGUUUCUUUAUUGUUUUGCCAUCGUCGCUUGGUUUUUUUGAAACCAGUUUGAGGAUGAUCGAGAUUUUCUCAUGCCUCGCUCUUUGCGGUUGUGAAAAUUUGAGUCUUGCAUAAACGAGCGGAGCAAAACAAAAACAAUAACACGUGCAUUGAUCACAAAAACAAAAAACAGAAAAAACACAAACAAAGACAAAAACAAAAACAUUGAAGCUGAACUUGACAGUGAAUUUAAUGCAGAAGAAACUUCCUAUAUUAAAAUAUAAAAUUAUAAAAAAAAAUAAAAAAAUAAUAUUUAUAUUUAUAAAAAUAAAUAAAAAAAAAUAUAAUGAGUUCAAGAGUGCCGCCACCGCCUUGCCCAGCUCCGCUUACAACACAACUUAUUGAAGACCUGCAACGUCUAUCCGAAGAUCAAGAAAGCGCCGACAUUGUUUUUAUUUGCGGACGCGAAGAAGAAAGAAUUUACGCCCAUAGAAUUCUGUUAAUGACUCGUUGUAAAAGUUUCAAAAGUGGCAAACGUGGUGAAAUCAGUAUGCCAGGCUGUACAGUUUCUCCUGCUCCCGCACCCGGAGCUCCUAUUCCAGUGCGCUUACCUUCUCAUGUCAACCCGGAAGUAUUUCGACAAUUCAUCUUAUAUAUUUACACAGCAAAAAUUUUAUUACAAGAUUCUCGGGUUUUUGAAAUGAUGACCUUAGCACAGGAUAUGGGAGUAGAGGAACUGCGAGCAGCUUGCGAGGAUCAUGUGAUCUCUACACUUUCAGUAGAUAAUGCCUGCACAUUUUUGACAGCUGUUAUGGAAAUACACGACAAAGCAGGCGCAAAAUGUGCUGCUUCGUUCAUGGAACGUUGCAUUAUUUAUAUUGGGGAGAAUGCCAAUGAAUGUGUGAAAACCAAUGCUUUCCUGAAUUUGACAAAGGAUGCUUUAAUCAAGUUAAUCUCAUCAGAUUACUUUUGCUUGGAAGAAGAAGACGUUUGGCGCUGCGUACUGGCUUGGGCAAAAAAUCAAGCAGGCGUCACACAGCCAACACCACACUGGACUGAAGAAGAGCGUGUACGUGUUUGUAAUUAUUUGUCUGGUGUGAUGUCACAUGUACGGCUCUUACUUAUCGACUCGAAAGUGUUUGCGGAAGAGGUGGAACCUACUGGUGCAGUACCAAUGGAAUUGUCAUUAGAGCGGUAUCGUUACGCUGCAUUACACGCAAAUCAAAUGGUAUCGAGUAGCACGGCUAGUAGUAGUGGUGUACAUAUAUUAUCUCCCGGUUUGAGUGAGGAUGACAAACGUUUGCAACCGCGGCUAACAGUAAACAUGUUUCCUGGUUCACAAAUUUUACGAAAUGAUAAAAUGCAUCUACAAGGUGUACUCAAUGGCUGGUAUGGCUCACCCAAACAAACCUGGCGACUUGUUUAUCGUGCUUCCACACAUGGUUUUUCUUCAAGUGCUUUUCAUCAUUUUUGUGAUGGUGUUGCACCUUGUUUCGUCAUUGGAAUUGGUUCACGUGGUGAAAUAAGUGGCGGCUUUACAGAUGUUGCUUGGGCUAAAACAAAUCGCAAAGGCGGCUACAUACACUCCGAGCGUGCGUUUCUGUUUGCUUUGAAUCCAUCUGGUGAUGACACACCUAUUAAAUUCGAAAUAAUUAAAAAACCGUACGCUAUUUGCUAUCAUCCAGAUUGUGGUCCAAUAUUUGGUGCUGGUGCGGAUUUGUUAAUUGCAAACAACUGUAAUUCAAACUUGGAUUCGUAUUCCAACUUGCCACACUCCUAUGAUGGUCACAAUGCUUCAUAUAUGACCCUCUACGGUGACUACAAUUUUAUGCUUGCUGACUAUGAAGUCUACACUUUGGCCUCGAGCAGCAAUUCCAGUAGCUCACAGACAAAUAUUCAUGGAACCACUGGCAAUGGUUGUCUUAGCAACACAGCCACAAAUAGUGCAAUUAGCGGUUUUGGUAAUGGAGGCGGAGCGACAAUGGGCAUUAACAAAGCAAAGUAUGAGAGAUAUUAACUCACUCAAGGUGCUUACGAAUCAUAGUCUUCCAACAAUCAACA